AAAUAUUUAUAAACAUUUCAUGACGUUGGAAUAUUGAUUGAUUGUUGAUUUUGCUAGGAAGUGAAGCAAAACCAAAAGGAAAACAACAAAAAUCUGAAAUAAAUAUAAUGGCUGAAGAAAAAACCUCUCAAACAAAUGAUCUAUUAAAUUAUUACCUUGCUGUGAAUAUGAAUAACAUAUGUCGAGUAUGUUUAGAGAAAGGAAAACUUCUACCAAUAUUUGAUCCCAUCAAACCAGCACAUUUUUCUGUAUUACUCAUGUCUUGUGCACAAGUACAGGUGGAAGCGGGAGAUGGCUUACCUCCAUAUAUAUGUCAAAAAUGUGUUGUAAAAUUAAAUAUAGCUUUUCAAUUUAAAGUUCAGUGUGAGAAUUCUGAUGCUAGACUUCGUAGCUGUUUCGAUAACAUUCAACAAAUAUCUCAAGGAGAAAUCAACAUUUCGGGAGCAGGAUAUACUUCUGACAUAAAGACUGAAUCUGAGCUUUCAAACUCAAGUAUCUCCAUUACCUUCACAACGAAUAAUGGAGCUUUGGAUAAUAACACUCUGCAAAUACAAGAUAUCCAAGAAGUUAGUAAUAUAAAUGAUGCUGGCCAUGUGCAAGUGCAGGAAACCCUACAGAAUCAGCCAGUAGAUAAUCAACUAAGUACUUUGCAAAAUGUAUCUUCUCUUUGCGAAUUGGAAAAAGUUACUUUGACUGAAUUGAAACUGGAUUUUGAUGGACUAAAAUUCAAUGACACAAACCUAAAAGCUGGUGAAGGAAACCUGGAUACCGAUCAUAACUUGCCAAUAAAAAAUACCAGAAUCAAAAAAAUAGAGAAUCAUCAAUGUGGAACUUGCGGAAAAGUUUUCAGAACAAAACCUAGCUUGGUACAUCAUAUAAGAAUCCACACUGGAGAAAGACCAUAUGUUUGUCACCUCUGUGAUAAGAGAUUCAUAAAUGGUGGCCAUCUUCAUACUCAUAUGAAGUCACAUACUGGUGAAAAAAAUCAUGUAUGUGCAGCUUGCCACAAGGGCUUUACAACAGCGCAACAGUUAACUAAACAUACUAUAGCGAUCCAUACUUCGGAGCGACCCUAUGCUUGCACAUAUUGUACCAAAAAAUUUGCAAGCUCUAGCAAUUUGAGAACUCAUAUAAGAAUACAUACUGGAGAAAAAAACUUCAGGUGUGAUCAAUGUGGUAAAGCAUUUUGCACUAAGGGACAGUUGGAGCAGCACAUGCUGACCCACACCGGCGAGAGGGCUUUCUUAUGUGAAUAUUGCAAUAAGAGGUUUUCACAGAAAUGUCAUCUGUUGCGUCAUUUGAAAACCCAUAGAGUAACAUAAAUGGUUUUAAAAUUAUGGGGAUGUAAUUUUGAUAAUGUUCGCUGAGCACUGUACAAAGUGUAGUAUAAAUUCAUAAUAUUGCAUUUCAAUAAAAAUUAUAUUGUUUAAAGUGCCUAAGGUGGCAUAAGUACACAGCAAGAAAGCUUAGCCAGAAGAGAACUGGUUCUUCAAACUGUAUCAAGGAGAAUAAAGAAUCUGGAUAAUAAUGUAAUGUGAGUGAAUAGUUGCGAAAAAAUUUAAGGGGUGAUUCCUCGUCAAAAAAUUGUGUGGGUAUUUAAUAUAAAUAUUUUCGUUUCUUUCAAUAACCUGUUCACAGCUCUCUAAAGAUGGCACCUGAAAUUAAAUUUUUUUCUUAGAAACCAGAAAACUGAAAAAAUGAAAUUGGGCAGACAUUCUGUGGGACUUAUAAGAAUACUGGUAGUGUUUCCCUAUAACUACUAGGGGUAGAAAAAGCCACCUCUUUAAAAAAAUAUAUAUGAAAGAUCCUACACUAUUUUUUGACAAUCAAUCACCCCUUAAAUUUUUCACAACUACUCAUUAACACCCCAAUAAUAACAAUAAUUUGUCGAUGCUUGUUACUCAGAAUUAAAUUCACCCUACCCAUUUUUAUUCGAAAAAUGAUUGGCAAGUAUGUAUUCAUACAAGCUUUGUCGAAGAGGAUGAUUCAUAAAUAUGGCAUAUAAUUUGGAUUGCUCAACCUUCCAAUACAUCGAAACUAGUGUUUCACUUGUAAAUAUGUACAGUUAAAUGAGGAAUGUUUAGUAGUUUUCCUUGAAAUAAUAAAUAAUCAAUUACUUGCUACAGAACAUUAUUUGGAGUGUAACUUGUAUUGUUGAUGAAAAUUUAUGAGAGAGCUGUAAGUUGAGGGCCUUUUUUCAUUAUUUUCUUCAUGAAGAUGUACUGGUUUGUUUAUAAUCAAUUAUUUUAUGAAAAUCAUGCCAAAAGAACAUUCCUUCGAAUUCUUUAAUUUACUAGUCAUUUUAUAAUAUAUAUCUAUAAUUUUUUCAAUGUUCUAUACAAUCACUCAUGUAUUUUAAAAAUUAAUGAGUUGUAUGUGGUAUUUUAUCGAUAAUAUUAAUUUUUUAAUUUCUAAA